AGAUGAAAUAAAAAUGGCUAUUAAUGCUUGUUUUCUAGGUGUUGGUAUUAUUUUAUAUUUAUUUUCAUAUUCAGUUGAAGGACGAAUACACCAUCUAAAGUUAUUAAAUGAUGGGCGCAAAUAUUUUACUGUCAGCACGUUUGGCUUUUUAAAAGGUGGUAAACUUGAUAUACAAGUGAACGAGUUAUCGUUUUAUACCUCUCAUUCUGAAGCCAAGUUUGGAUUCAGUUUGUCCAGAUCUAUUAGUGAUGGUAUGGCUCCUUACCUAGAAAACCACCAGGAGAAAUGUCUACUUCUUGAUGACUUACAUAAUGAUGAUACCAGUUUUGAUAUCAUUUUGUUUGUAUUGAAGAUAAGAAGAAAGGUGAUUAAGGUGAAUUGUAGCCAUAUGUUUUCAUCUCUAGUCAUUGAAAGAAAUAGAGAGUGGGACCCAGUAAACAAACAUUCUAAUCGAAGAAGACGAAACAUUGGAGAACUGACUAGUGACAGUUAUCUCCUUGCACGUCGCAAAAGAGAAUCUGAUGGAGGUUCCAACAAUACUAAAAUUAUUGAAAGGAGUAAAGUGAGAGAAAAGAUUCAAAACUCAAGAACAGAUCUUAGUAAUGAAACAGAUAAUGCAGAAAAGAAUAGCCAAAGUAGUGAAUGCUCUGCUGUAGAGGAAUUUCCAGUGAAUAAAACAGGAAAUACUUACAGUUUUCAGUUUUCUGUCAUUAUUGGAGAUGAUAUCCACAAAGGAUUGUACAGCUUGUACUUCCACAAUUGUGAAAACUAUGGAAAACUUGUUCACCAAUCUGUGGUAAACUUAACUAUGACUAUUAAAGAAAAGAACCCAGGAACCUAUUUGUCUGCUGGUGAAAUACCCUUGCCACACAUUUACUUAGGACUUUCUGUAGCUUUCUUCAGUGCUGGUUGCUUCUGGAUCUAUAUAAUCAGAAAAAAAAAACAGAAAGCUUUCAAAAUUCAUUACUUAAUGGGAUUAUUAAUAUUUCUGAAAUCGUUUUCUCUACUUUUUCAUGGGAUAAACUUCUAUUUUAUCUCACGGGAAGGUUUUCACAUUGAAGCUUGGGCAGUGCUGUUUUACAUUACACAUCUCCUCAAAGGAGCACUUUUGUUUAUUACUCUUGUCUUGAUUGGAACUGGCUGGGCCUUUAUAAAACAUGUUCUGUCAGACAAAGAAAAGAAAAUUUUUAUAAUUAUCAUACCUCUUCAGGUUCUAGCCAAUAUAGCAGAAAUCAUCAUGGAAGAGAGUGAGGAGGGGGAAGUGAAACAUACUACUUGGAGAGAAGUGUUUAUCUUGGUUGAUCUCUUGUGUUGUGGAGCUAUUCUAUUUCCAAUUGUGUGGUCUAUCAAGCAUCUUCAACAAGCUUCUCAAACUGAUGGAAAAGCAGCUGUGAACUUAGAGAAACUCAGACUUUUCAGACACUUUUAUGUCAUGAUUGUCUGCUACAUCUACUUCACCAGGAUCGUUGUGUACCUUCUCAAGAUUACUGUGCCUUUCCAAUAUGAGUGGCUCAAUGAGUUUUUCCGAGAAACAAUCACACUGGGAUUCUUUAUUUUGACUGGUUACAAUUUCCGCCCAACAUCGAACAACCCUUACAUCAGGUUGUCUCAAGAUGAUCCUGAGCUACAGAUGGAAGAAGUGAUAACCCAAACAGGACUGACUGAAGGUAUAUUCAAAAAUGUCAGAUCAAGAGAUCCUACAAGGGAUUCUAAAGUAACUCAGCAAGAAGAUAGUCAUGAAUAUGAUUGAUAUCAUGACAUUUGCUUGUAUUGUAGUAUUUUUAUUUUUUGUUUCUAUUUGUACAAUAUGAGAUAAAUUCAUUUUUGUCUUCUUUAGCCCAUUUUUUUUUUAAACUAAAUUCAACUGUUAGUGCUCAGGUAUCUUUUUAUUUUAAUAUUUGUUGUAGAAUUGUUUUGUAACUAUAUCUUUCUUAGAAAAGCUUGAAAAGUAGCUUUUAUGUGCUUUUGUAAUGAAAACAUUGUUAAGGCAUCCUGGAAUUUAUCAAAAUUAUAAUUUAAGAAUUCUGCCAUGAAGUUAAAAUUUCUUUUAAACAAUAUUUUUGCCAACACUGCCAUAUGAAAUGUAUUUCAGUUAAAUAAAACUUUAGAGACGGCUUGACCAGGUAAUGAAGAAAACUUUAUUAUAAAUGUAUGAUGUUUUGACAAGAUUAUGUCAUCCUUAGGUACAAGUAGUUUAAAAGACACACAUGAAUAUAUAUAUACAGUAUGGAACAAAGAAGUCACAUGACUGGAGAUUGCUUCACAGCCUAGUAUAGGUAUCAUGGUAUGCCGGGGUAGUGGUUUAGGGUGGAGCUGUUUUGUUCGAUUAAGCUAGCUUCCUUUAUUCUGCAUUUAUUGAUGUUUGGUUCUUUUUUUUAAAUUAAAGUAUUUUGUAUAGACAUACUGUGGUUUUUUAGUUGCAAUUCACCGAACAUAAUAAAAAACCCUCUCAUGUUUACCACCAUUGCAACUCAAAAAAACCACAGUAUGUCCAUACAAAAUACUGUAAUUUUAAAGAAAGAACCAAACAUGAAUAAACACAGAAUCAAAGAAGCUAUCUUAAUUGAACAAAACAGCCCCACCCUAAACCUAUACCCCAUGAUACCAAGAUACCUAUAAUAAGCUGUGAAGCAGUGUCUGGUCAUAUGACCUCUUUAUUCCAUAUUGUAUAUAUAGUCAUGUGUGUCUGUAAACUACUUGUACCUGAGGAUGACAUAAUCAUGUCAAAACUUCAUACAAUUGUAAUAAAGUUUUCUUCAUUACCCAGUCAAGCUGUUUCCAAACUUUUAUUUUCUAAAAAGUGGGUUCCUCAUCAUCAAAUUUAAUUCCAGUUAAAUGUUUAACUCCCUUUUAUUAAAUGACACGUUUUUGUACAUUUUGGUUAUAUUUAAAUUUUUUUCUUAUCAGAUAUGUGAAUAAGUGUUAUCAUUACCAUGUCUUAAAAAAUUAUUUGGAGAUAUUUUACAUUUACAUACCCGUUAAAAUAAAAAAACAAUGUUCUGUAAAAACUAAAAAAAAUUUCCAUUAAUGUCUCUCACUAAAAAUUAACUAUUACACUUCUGUGCAAGAGUUUUGUGAUUCCUUUGUAAUAAGUUAAUGUCUGACUUACUGUUUUUGACAUCAGCUGUGUAGAUUACUAUUGUUUGAGUUUUUCAUAAAUGUUACAGUUCACUGUCAUAAACAUUAAUGAUUUAGCUAAAUAAUCUUGAUAACCAGAUGUCAGCCAA